AGGUUCAGAAGUAUUAAGUCCUUACGUGGCCAGACCCUGUAAAAGGCAGAGGUUAUGACACAAUGAGCCUGUCCUUCUGAGAAUCUUCAAUCUUGAUUGUCCCAAGUUGUCUUCUAGGAUGUUCCAAAAGAUGUCCUCAGAAGAGAAAAGGGGCGAGAAUCCUUACCUGGAGACAGGUGUCACUGAAUAAGCUAAUAGACAAAGGCCACGCAGAACUAGUACAAGUUUUGACAGCCAGAUGGGAAGCAAGCUCGGCGACCUCCCUACCCCCACCCCACUUCCCUCCAGCCCCCAACCUAAGAAAAGAAACCGAUCUCAUCCAUCUCCCCCAAUCCCAGGCGCGAGACCGCUAAACCCGCAGCCCGAGUCCCGCCCCGCUCCGGCGGCUAGCGAUUGGGAGAUGCAAAUACGGGGUUCUCUGCCCAGCAACGGAUGACGCGUCGCCCGAACGCGAGGCGUGGCCCGGCCGCAGCCCAGGCGGGCACCUCGGUGUUUACACGGGGCGGCCCCGCGCGCGCUGCAGCGGCCCGCAGACGGUGAGGGGGAGGUGUGGCGCGCGCACCGGCGGGGCCGCGCGGGGAGAAAGAGACUAGAAGACGGCGGCGGCGGCGGCGGUGGGGCGGGGAGAGGCGCGCGCGGGCCGUGGCGAAGCUCGAGGCUGCAAGAAGCGCACGGGAGGCGCGACUCCUCCGCCCGCGUACAACAAUGUGUGGCGUGCGGCAGGGCGCAACUUGUCCGGGCCGACGGGACCGCACAGAGCCCGCCUGAGACCGCGCCGCUAACCUCCCCCAGCCGUCCGUUGGGCCCGAGCGCCCAGCUCCUCGCUCCCUAGCUCACGGGGGCCGGGCUGAGCCGCGGGGCGGGGCCGCCCCUCCGUCGCCGCUGCCUCCUCCCCCACCCCCAGCCGCGGAGGAUGCGGACGGCCCCCGGCGGCGUCUAGCGGCCCGGGGCCCAGGCGCGAUGGUGCAGCAGCGGGGCGCGCGGGCCAAGCGGGACAGCGGGCCGCCGCCCCCGGGGCCCGGGCCAACAGAGGAGGGGGCGCGCGAACCCGGCUGGUGCAAGACGCCGAGCGGCCACAUCAAGAGGCCGAUGAACGCAUUCAUGGUGUGGUCCCAGCACGAACGGCGGAAGAUCAUGGACCAGUGGCCCGACAUGCACAACGCCGAGAUCUCCAAGCGCCUGGGCCGCCGCUGGCAGCUGCUGCAGGACUCGGAGAAGAUCCCGUUCGUGCGGGAGGCGGAGCGGCUGCGCCUCAAGCACAUGGCGGAUUACCCGGACUACAAGUACCGGCCGCGCAAAAAGAGCAAGGGGGCGCCCGCCAAGGCGCGGCCCCGCCCCCCCGGCGGCGGUGGCAGCCGGCUCAAGUCCGGGCCGCAGCUGCCCGGCCGCGGGGCCCGCCGGGCGACAGGAGGGCCUUUGGGGGGCGGCGCGGCGCCGCCCGAGGACGACGAUGAUGAUGACGACGAGGAGCUGCUGGAAGUGCGCCUGGUGGAGACCCCCGGACGGGAGCUGUGGCGGAUGGUCCCAGCGGGGCGGGCCGCCCGGGGAACGGUGGAGCGCACCCAGGGGCCGUCGGGUGAGGGGGCGACCGCCCCCGCGGCCUCCCCGACCCCGUCGGAGGACGAGGAGCUGGAGGAGGACGAGGAGGCGGCAGCGGCGGAGGAAGGCGAGGAGACGGUGGCGUCGGGGGAGGAACCGCUGGGCUUUCUAUCCAGGCAGCCCCCAGGCCCCACAGGCCUGGACUGCAGCGCCCUAGACCGCGACCCAGACCUGCCCCCCGCCUCGGGCACGUCACACUUCGAGUUCCCGGACUACUGCACUCCCGAGGUCACUGAGAUGAUCGCGGGGGACUGGCGCCCGUCUAGCAUCGCCGACCUGGUUUUCACCUACUGAGCCCACCGUCAGCGGGGCGCACACGCCCCCAAACCAGCUGUUUACAUACAGGAAUCAGGUAUUGGGGCCCCUCGGAGGCCGAGGCUGGCACCCCAUCUCCCGCGCAGCCUCUCCCCUCCUAGUCGUGCCCAUCCUCCCCCCCUUGGAUCCAGACAUGCCCCUCCCCCGCGGACACACCCCAAGGCAACCCAACCCCCAGCCUUUCCCUGACAGCCAAGCCCCUCCCCAUUUUGACCCCUCCCGCACAGCCACCAGCAGCCAGCCCCCCUCCGGUACACCUCCCUUCUCCCUUACCGACCUGCACCCCUCCCCCACCUUGCACACACCCCUCCUCAUGGCCGGAGGGCACACCCCCUCCCUUGCUCUCGAAUCUCUACGCCCUUGCCUAGCUUGCCUACUUGGAUUGGGGGCAAUGCGGCCCCACGCACUCCUCGUAGGCCCCACCUCCUCCCGGGGGUGGGGCGCGCUCCUUCACCCCUGGAGCACUAGGGCCCGCCCCUUCUCUUGGGCCCACCCCCUCCUUGCGCAUGCUUAGUGCUGCUUGGGAGGAGGGGGCUGAUCCCUGGCCUGCUGCCCGUUUCUGAGGCCUGUGCAGAGGAGGACAGGGGCAAGUGUGGAGCGUUCCUGAGAAACCCUUUGAUCCCAGAGCCUUUGGCUUUCUCUCUACCCGACGGGGCGUCACUGCCUUAAUGGGAGGAGCACUUACAAGGGAGAGAAAGAAAUUAGGUAGUCCACAAGAGGUGGCAGGGGCUUGGACUCGCCAAGUGGCAUAGAUUUUCUUCUCUGGUGAGAUUGCCCAUGUCCACUACCUUCCCAACUGUGUGACUGCCGUUACAGUUUAUCUUGGUCCGCAGAAACGGAACGACCCUUUCUUUCCUCAACUGGGAAUUUCGAGGAACCGCUUUCUCUGGAAAUCCACCAAAGAGGAAGGGAUUGACCAAGAAAAUUUAGAAGAUACCUACAAUCUGAUUAGGGACAGGAUCCCUGCUGCUCCCACCCCCACCAGGGGAAGCGCCCUAUCAUCUCAGGGCACCCUUCCAGCUUGGGCUCCUCCCUAAGCCCACCAUCCCUUUCUUUCUUAUCACCCAGUCCACCCUCAACCACCGUUGCAGUAUUCAGUGGAAGAAACUGAGGCACGUUGGUGCUAGGGAGUCGGGAGUGAGACAGGAUAGUAGAUGGGUGGUAGGAAGGAGCCCAAGUGUAACAGUGGUUUGAGAGAGACCACAUACGGGCAGGGGAGACAAUGUGUUGUAGAGUGGAGGUGAGCUGCUGUUUGCACCUCAGUUUUUCCACGGGAGAAAUGGAAGGAAUGCUGUUAGAAGGAAAAUGUGUCCGGUUCAGGGUGCUUGAAACUCUGUCCUCCUGCUGCCCCCUCAGCCCAGCUCUCUGCUGGAGCCCCGCCCCUCCGGCCUCCCCACAUCCCCCCUGCCCUCACUACCUGUAUCACCGGCGUGUGUUCACCUCCGGGUGGCUCACACACUCUCAUUCACACACACAAAUCUCAGGAACAAACGGUCCCAGAGUCCUCCCGGACCCCUGCCUGGGUCUCUACAGGUCUCUGCCCCACGCGUUCCCUUCGCUGACAAAGCCACCAGCUGCCUCUUUUAAGCUUGGUGCUCCGGCUCUAGGCCUUUCUUGCGCUCUUUCUCUCUCUCUCUCUCUCUUUUUUUUAAAGAAAACGUAACAAAACAAAAAGACAAUGAAAAACCCAGAAAAUGUCAUGUGAGUGAAGAGAUGUCACUGUCUGUGGUCUUGGAGAACUAGUCUAGUAGCUGAGGGGAGGGGUCCCUCUGUCUGGGGCACUGGCACCCACAGCAGGACUUCUGCCAGUCUGAUGCCAGGACUGAAUAAAGUGUAUUUGCCCCGAC